AUGGAGACUACAAAAAAGUGCAAACUGUCAGACUGGAUGAAAGCCCAAAUGAAUAAUUCAAUUUCAGAUGCAACUGAAGAGGGAGAAGAUUACUUCGAUUAUUAUGAAGAUGUAGGAAUAAGCUGUAAGUACAACAAUAAUUCGGAUAAUUUGAAUGCCUGUAGUUGUACAAAAGAUAUUUCUGGAAUUUUAAACUUAGCCUGUUCUGAAGAUGACAAAAACAUAAAAGCAGCAGCCAAUUAUGAAACUCCUCUACAGCCCGAAGAAUUCUCUAGUCAUCACAGAGGCACCAAAGGAACAAGUGGAGUUCCAACUGAAAUGCCUGGAAGUGAAGUUUCCUUUAAGAAGGAAUUAUCUGUUGGUAGUUCCAGUAAACCAGAUAGCAAAGAACAUGUAAAUGAACAUGUAACUACCUCCAAGAUGUCCAAUGUCCUCCUGCGUCAUUUUUCUAGGGGAGAAUUACUAAGCACAUGCCACUUCAUUGAAUGUGAGACAAUGCCAGAGGUGUCCUUUACUGAAAGUAUCGAUGACACUGGGAGCAAACCUGAGCCUUCAGAACACAAAGGCCCUUUAGAACAUGAACAAUGGGCAAUGAGCUCCGAGGAGUAUCCUUUCGAAAAGUACAAAGAAAUAAAGGCUCGUGACAAGAAUGGAAACUCAUUAAAUGAAAAGAGACCUGUUUCAAAUAAACCUAUUUUUUGUUCCAGUCAUUGUGGGCACAGACAAGAAUAUUCUCAAUUGAUUAAUGGGACUGGAGAUACACACACCUUUCAAAACAUGAAAGAUGAGAGAGCCCUGUUUAAGAGAACAGUUUCACCCUGUGAGCUCAAAUAUGGGCAAGGGCAAGCUCACUAUUGCCUUCCUGACUUCUCUGAAGUUGCUUCAGAAGUUAAAGUACAAAAAAAACCUGACAAUAUUACAGUUCCUUCAACUGAGAGAGCAAAACCCUCUCCUAUUUUGCUAAGUAAAUCAGUAAAAGGGAACAACAUUUUGGAAAAUAAGAAUUACUUCAAUUCUGCUGAAGUAGACAAUCAAAAAGAAAGGAGUGUUUCAGAACUGCUGCAACAGAUACAGAUGCUGACACAGCAUGCUGACAUCCAGAAUCAUAUUGACCAUCUGAGAUUUAAUCCUAAGAUACUUCCUCAGCCAGACUUGGCAAAUGCCAGCAUUGCCAUUUCCUCAGGAUACACUGAGACACCACCUGAUGUCAUCACAUUACGAGCUCCUGUCCCUGUACAACCUACACAUGGUUUGCUUAAAGCAAGACUGCAGCCUGGAACAGCAGCAUCAGCACUACUAGCAGCUGGGACAGUAGAAGCACAGUGUCUAAAUCCUUCUGAUUCACUGCCAGAACUAACACUAGGAGAAAAGAUGUCUCAAAUACUAAAGGAUCAGACAGAGCAACUGACUAAGAAAGUAGAAGACUUCUCUAAGCAUAUGAUCCAGGAAACAAUCUUUUUACAAGACAAAUAUCUGGCGUUAAAUCAACUGAAAAGAUACCUUGAUGCCUUGGAAAGAAAUUAUUUAAAAGCUAGAGAGGAGCACCACAACUUACAGCUGCAGAACUACAAGGACAAGCCUAUCAACCUUGGAGAGUUUGAUCCUGAGAGAAGGGUGGAAGGAGGAAUAUUCAGACUUGGCAUGCUGCUUGAAGACCUUGAAGAACAAAUCGAUGGCAGCAAAGGCAGCCUGUCAUCGUUGCUGGCUUCCUGUGAAUCUGCCCAGUCUUUCUGUGAGAGCUCGGCAGUUUCAAGCACCGCUGAUCUUCCACAAAGAAGAGGUACUGAAACUCCAUUUCUUCACAAGAACCAUGAGGGAGAAAGAAGUCAGACAACUGAUGCAAUCUCACCAACAAAUCAACUUUCUUUAGAAGGCAAAAAGUGCCAUCUUUGUCUUCACACAAAUACAAAUAUCCAGGAAGGAAAAACUGGAACGCCUCCACUCCUCGUGCAGAGACAACCAACUGAUUUAUCAGAUACCAACCUGAGCAGUGAUUCAGAAGACUACUCAGCCUGUUAUUCUUGUAAUGAUUCACAAAGCAAGGACCUUGUCAACUGUGACACUCUAAGUUACAAAUCAUUAAAUACAAGAUUAUGUGGAGAGAGAAGAGGACUUAGGUGCAGAUGCCCCAGGGGAAGCAGAGAUCAAGUAAAACUCAGGAAUUCCAAAGAGUCUGUUCAGUCUUGUCCCUUACGUAGAAAAAGCAGCUCUGGUUCAUCCUCUUAUUCACAGAAGAGAAUCUCCACUCAAAAUGCUCAAAAAAAUGAACUGCCAGGUGAAGUUGUAACCAGACUUCAUGAAAGACAGAACACAAAUAAUGAGACUGUGCUUUACAAUUCAAUGGAAAAUUCUACUCACCAUAAAUUAACUUGCAACUGAGUGCUAUCAAGGUGCAUGAAAUCCUUUGAGGCUGCCAAAACCUGCUGUUCAAGCACAUAUGAUAAAAUGACCCUUUCACAUCAAUACAUACCCAGCAAGAAAUCUGCCCAAAGAAAAUAUGCAAUCAACAUCAGAGACAGGAAUGCCAAUGACUCCUAUGCAAAUAUUUUAACUUCUACUCUGGAUCAUGCCAUAGAGACAGCAAACAGUUUGAAGAAAGCUACAGAGCGAAUGGUACAAGCAGUUUCAGAAGAUCUAGCUAAAGUUAAAAGAGUUUUAAUUACCUAGC